AUGCUGGACAUAGCGUUGCAACUUCUUCACAGGAGGCGGCUGUCAGAGAGUGGUGAGAUCCUCAAAUUUGCAUGGGGGGACGCAGCUGACAAAUGGAACCUGCAGAUCUACAAUGCUAGGUACCGGUGGAUGCGGAAAUCAGAUUGUGUACAGCUUGGCCGGGCUUGGCGUUUCCUAUGCAAGCACCCUCAUACAAGAACCAUGGAGUGUGAUGUUGAGGAGAAGCGUAAAGAGUAUUCCUCCCUCUUGUUCAAGUCCAUCCACCUGCACACACUGGUUCCCCAGCUGCUGGGCAACAGAAAGACUGCCUUGGUUGACAAAGUUUCUGCGCAUGUGCACGCAAGCUUGCUAGAAAGCAGCAGCCUCGAUGCCCUUGAUGAAAGCUUUGCAAAUCACAUUUGUUGGUGUUCUGACAUGGGCGUUGAGUCUGCGUUGCCAAGCUUUCAUGUGUUGAGCGCGGAGAAGGUGAUGCCAGCCUGGUUGCAGCCGUCCCGUGUGAAUGUCCACGAACCAGACGAUGAUCAUUUUGAAGAUGGAGUAUUGGUUAACCUAGAAUCUGCCAAUUGCAAAAGUUCACCCCUCAUGCCGCAGGCAAUCUCUGUGCCAGGGAUAUGUCAUGCCAUACACAAUGCAACUGGAAGAUUGAAUUCUGCCUUCCAUGGGUUUGAAGAUUUUUUGGGCAAACUCAAGUCCUUAUACCAGUUUCUUGGCAGCCCUCCUCGUUGCAAUAGGUUUGUGGAGGUUGUCAUGCGGGGUACUUUGCAUUAUGAGCGUGCCAAAGAGCUGUUUUUGCGCAGGUUGACUUCUAUCUACACUGAACGUUGGAACAUUGUGGCCAUUUGUUUGGAAGAGUCGCUUCCCCUUCUGUUGUUUUUGAGGACUCACUGGGAUGAUGUUCGCUUCUUACGCAACGCUGACGAUGAUGGGCCCAGUGACGCUUGCAUGAAAGAUGGGUGGUCCCCCAAAGAGCUCACAGUCAUCGUCCAAGACAGCUACUUCCUGGCUUUUUGGCGCAUGCAGCUGGCCAUUCGCAAGCAAUUGCUCCACUUCACAUCGUGGGCAGAGGGGUGCAGUUGUCAUGGGGGUAGUUUGGUUGAAAGCUUCAUGAAUGAACAUGAAAGUGAAGUCAGCUUCGAACAUGUCUUGAAAGCUGAGAUCGUUUGCCCAGCAGGAAUUCCUUGUCGAUGUCCCAUGGCAGGAUGUCAGGCUCCAUUUCUUGCUGCUGAUAACUUCUCAGAUUUUGAGCGGAAACUUGAUUCAACUUGCCAAGAGUUCAUGAGUAAUUGUCAGGAGCGGCUGACUUCAGAGCAAUGGUCAAGUUUGCUUGCAGAAUGGCAACAUGGUUCGAAAGUUGUUCUUGAAGAAGUGAAAGCUAGGCUGAGUUUCUUUUCGCACUUGCCGUGGAUCGUGUUUGGGGGGUGUCACCCAAUGCCAGAUGUGGCUCGCAAGGCCUUGGCCAAAGCUAAGCAGUUGUGGGAUGAUUUGCCAUCCAAUGCGCGCGAAGCUCAGCAUCCAAUUGCUAGGAAUCUUUUUGAUGGCGAACAAGAAACUUUGACACAAGAGCUUGCCAGUUUCAUUUCAUCAUCCGACCAAGUGCUGGAAGACUUUCCUGCCUUAGAGGCAUUCUUGGCCCCCUUUACUUUUGUACAGGUGGCUGAGCGUUUGAUCGAGGCAGCCCAUAAGGACCUAGGACAGACAAGGCCAAAGAACUUUAGCGUGACUUGGUUGCAGGCGCUCUACCGGGAUUCCAGAAUGCAGUUUGCUACAAAUCAAGAAGCUGAAAGUAUCCACAACCAAGAAUCCAAGAAAGCCAGCCAAAGCUUCGUGCCUUCUCCUGCGCACAUCCCUUCCAUGCAGACUUUGGUUUCUUACCGCUUUGCUCAGGAGAUGUCAGAUGGUGGUUACUUGCUCACGGCUUCAGCCAUCCAGCGCAUGGAAUUUCUUCGCAGCUUAGAAUCACCACUGUGUCUUUGUAAAGUGGGUAUUGGUGCCUUAGCUGACUUGUCCGAUUUGCAACUUUUCGUUCAGAUGCGGUCCAAGGGUUGGGAAUGGUCCCUCAUGCCAGUAAAGCAGCAGAAAGAGCGGGUCUACAAGAUUGGUGAUUGUCCACCAGAGUCCAUUGUCUUAGCUCAGGAGUUGACAGAAAACCCUCCAGCCCUAAUUAAGACUGAUGAGGAACUAGAUGCAGAGGUAGCUAGCAGUGCUAAGCCGUUGAAAAAGCUUUCGAAGGGUCUUGACAAGAAAGAUUCGAAGAAAGGGUUCGGGCCAGUCCGACAGUUCGUCAACAUCUUCAUCACCUUCUUCCUCAGGGUCUGGCAAGGCUUCGAAUUCCGCAACCUCUUCGGGCUCUGA